UACAACUUCUAGCUAGCCACAGUAAAUAGCUACAUUUCUAACAUUUCACAAUUACCUAGCAAAAUAUGUACUUUCUAUAACGUUACAUUUGGGGGGAAUCUUGAUGUGAGGUGAUUUAUGAACCGCUAAAACGAGGUAGCAAGGAAGUGUGGUAUAGAUGGGCUUUCCCUGCCAAAAUGUCGCAGACGACUCUGUUGGAGGAAGUGGCCCAGUGGAGUCAGGACACAUGUCGGCAGGAAGUGAACUCUGUCCUACCCAAACUAAUCUCCAUGCAUCAAAAAACAGAAAGCUGGGAAGAACACAUCUAUGUGCUGAAAGUCAUCACAGGCAUGUUUCUUCCUCACCUCCAAAUAUCAGCGCUGGAAGAGGAAUGCUUCUCUAAGGUCUUACCAAAGGUGGUGAAUGUGUUUGACCGUCUUAUAGAAGAGAUCACUAAACAAGUAGAAGGGCUGUCAAGUCAGAACACAGAAGUUUGCUUGUUUCUCAGGAACAUUCUGCAGGUGAUGGUGCAGAUGUUAGAGAUACUGUCCGGCUGUGUACGUCAUGUUUGCUCAUUGGAGGAGCCACCUGUCCUCAAUGCUAUCCGCUCCUUACCCUCCUGCAUCCUUAAGGUUCUUAAGAACACAUUUCAUCACUGCAAGGAGAGUGAGGUGGUGUAUUGUGGGCGACUGUCCCUAGUUGGUGACUUGCUACAGGGCCUGUUUAAAGAAGCCUACUCACUACAGAAAGGCCUCAUGGAACUAAUAGACAGGAUCUCCUUGGACAACACUGCAUCAGAGGAUGACAUCUCUGACAUUGUAUCAGUGAUACAUAGUCUCCUGGAUUUUUGCUCUGUGAUCUCAAACCUUGACAUCGCACUGCAUGCCAACACCUGGAAGUUCAUCAUUAAGCAGAGUGUGAAGUAUGCAUCACUUGUUGAGGAGCGGCUUCGUCAUGGUGACAUCACUUCAGGUCUGUGUGGAGACUUGCUGGCCUCUUUCCAAAGCUGCAUGGAGUUGGCUGAGCCGAUCACACAGGCAGGGUUAAAGCAUCCAACAACUAGCCCAGAAUACAAGUUGUUCCAGAAAACUACUAAGAUGUGCAGAUUUUUUGCCAACACAUUAGUUCACUACAUAAAAGAAUUUAAAGCUUUUCUUCCGAAGUCUUGCAGCCGCUUCCACCAACUCUACCUCCAAAUUGUAAGCAAGUUUCCACCUAGCCUGUGUGCCCCACUGCUCCCCACCCCUCUCUUUGAGGAGCUGAAUGGAGCUGCUCUGGUACCUAUGGAUGCCCUGCUCUCCCAGCUGCUCCUGCUCAGAUCUUUUGCUGAAGCUGUCCUUAACCCCUGCCAGCAGUUGAGUUCGGAGACAGAGCUACCUCAUUGCCUCUUGUUGGUGAGCGUCAUGGGACAGAUCACCUCCCAGCCCGAGGAGACGUUGCAUCUGUGGUGUGACGGGAGCCAGUUCCCGGAGGACACACCAAGACUGCCUCUCUUCCGGGCCUUGUUCCAGAGCUUCCGACGAUGCUCUUUGGAGCGGAGGGUACCAGUGCUAUUGCCGGGGGUGAUGAUAAAGGGUCAGGCCCAGGGGAAAGUAACCUUACACCACCACGUCUGUGUGACUCUCUGUGCCUGUGUGGCGGCACUGCCCACUGAACACUUACCCCUUCUGGAGCAUUGUCUAUUGGAGGCAUUACUGCAGCCUGAUACCCAGACGGCCCUACUAGCUACAGACGUGUGGUGUUUCAUGUCACGAUAUGGUUCGGCUGAGCUGUGCCUACACCACGUCCAUCUCACUGCUCACCUGGUGAGGUGGUGUAGUCGGGAGUGUUACCAGCUGUCCCACCUGGGUCUGCUGCUGAGACGCAUGGUGUUCCUCAUGACUCCUAACCACCAGAUGGAGUUAGUUGAGCGUUUCCCUCCUGCCCAGUGGGAGAACCUCCCCGUGUGGCGCCAUAUCCUUCUCAGAGCCCUGUCCCAAGAUGCCCGCCAGCGUGUAGAGGCAGGCAUCAUCACCCUGACUGAUACCAUUGUGAGGGACUGGCAACAGGCAGGGUACAAACUGGGACAACUGGACAAUGUGAACAUUGCUCUGUUGUCCCUGCUGAGUGUGGUGCGAGGUGAAUCUUCAGAGGCACGUUUUGCGUUGUCUGCACAGAGGAUUGUCUCAGAACUCUGGGCUCGCAUGUGUCCCAAUCAGGUGCAGACCCAUCCUAUCAUCCAGUGCACUCUGAGACUGCUCCUCUCCAUGUCAGCCAUCUUGGUGAAGAGCAUUGACACACAGGUCAUCUGUCAGGCACUUGUGUGUGUGGGAGCUCUGGUUUCUCAGAAAUGUCCUGAUGACCUGAUGCUAGCUGCUCUGGAGUUCCUAGCCUCUCUUGGCAAGGUGUUCAUCCCUAAUGAUAGCCAGAGCCAGGUGUUACCGAGGCUGAGUGAACUGUUUGGGUCCCUGCUGGCUGAGAGGUCCUGGCUGCUACACCAACAUGCCUUGGAGGCCUUUGCUCACUUUGCAGAGGCCACCAAUCAUGAGGAGGUGAUCUCCCAGAGCUUAUCCUCAGAAGAGACAAAAAACAAAGUAGUGAAUUACCUCAGCAAGACUAUUAACACACAGGAAAUGCCGGAGACACGGCUUCAGAGGGUAAGGUUGGAGACGCCUGUUCUUGAGCAACAUAACAACAGGCUGGAGACUGAGGAAACUCUGGCUAAGAAUUCCGCUGCUUGUGAUGACAGGUCCACAGCCAACACAGAGCCCUGUCCAAAGAGAGCACGGCAGGAAACCAGUGUUGAGGAGGAGUACAGGCGUUACCUCCAGACUGCUGAGAGUGCCAUGAAGGCCCUGCGGACACUGGCUGAGGGGAGCACCGCUGACACCACAGCCCCCACUCCUCCACAAUGGGUGACAUCGAGACUACAGGAACUGCAGGCUGUGAUAACCCAACUUACCACAUCUAGAUCACCAAAUAGCUAGCAACCUGCCUGUUGUUGCCAUAAUUUUUAAAAAUAAAAAAACAAUUUCAUUUA